CGCGUGCUGCCAUAAAACCGCCCGGGAGCUCAUUGUGCGGAGUGAUCUGAUACGGACUACACCCAGCCGCCGCCUCACUGCCCUGGCUUUCUUUGCUGCCCCAGCCUUCGCGUUGGUCAACGUCGAAGUGUGGGUUAGAUUGGAGACUCUAAAUUCACCGGGAGACGUCUUUCACCUUCCUGACUGUGUGUCUUUCUACGCAACCUUUCCCGCCAAGCUAUAGUGUUUUUAUAUAUAAAUUUAUAGCGUCAGGUCCUUGAGUAUGUCUUGGCAAAGCUACGUGGAAAACCUGAUGGCCGAUGGCAGCUGUCAGGAUAGCGCCAUUGUUGGGUAUACAGACGCCAAAUAUGUUUGGGCAGCGCAUGCCGGUGGUACAUUCAACAAUAUCACGUCUCAGGAAAUUGACGUCCUUGUCGGUAAAGACAGGGAGUCGUUUUACACAAACGGUCUCACUCUGGGCUCAAAGAAGUGUUCUGUCCUUAGAGACAGCCUCCAGGAUGAUGGCGACUGGACGAUGGACAUCCGGACGAAGAGCCAGGGAGGAGAACCUACAUAUAAUAUUUCUGUAGGGAAAGCAGGAAAAGUUUUGGUUCUUGUAAUGGGCAAAGAAGGGGUCCAUGGAGGCGGCUUGAAUAAGAAGGCUUACUCAAUGGCAAAAUACUUGAGGGAUUCAGGGUUUUAAUGUUUUCAAGCGCACCUAGAUAAAAAUUUGAGGGACAAAAGAGAAAAAAAUAUUGCUGUUAAGAUUUCUCCUGCAAGCAGUCAAAUGUUUUGGAAACAUUUAAUAGCAGUGAAGAGUGAUAAGAUACUGUCACCUUUGUUCUUACUCCUUAAUCCUGUAUGGGGGGGGGGUCUUCUUUUUGUUCAUUUGUCUUAUUUUUUUUUUCCCCUUGUGCUCCAGUAUUGGUUGUAGUCAUGGGAAAGGAGGCGGUCCAUGGUGGAAAUCUUAACAAGAAAGCACAUGCAAUGGCUGAGUACCUGAGGAGGUCUGGAUACUAAGCAACCUCGCCACCCAUUGGUCAACUUAGCAGCUCACUCCCGUUCACCGCAUUGUGUUGACACUACUUCCAGGAUUUGGUGGCAAACAGUGUUACUUCCUACCCAGUCUCCUUUUAUACACAGUCUUUUGUUGGCUUAACUCCUUCAUCCACUUUAUAUUUUUUAUGUUUCCUCCCUUGAAAAUUGUUUAUCAUGAUUUUGACACUACAGUUAUAGCAUGUUUAUUGAGAUGCUUAUCAACCAAACAUGUUUUGAAAAAAGUUAAAAGUGCAUACUUAAAUAAAAGUGGAAAAUAAAUGUGGACUCUUAUUAACAUAAACUGGCUUGAUUUAUCUGUACACAUGAAGUUUUUUUGAGCAUUAUUAAAAAGAUGGCUUUUUUUAAUUGGCAUGCAGGCUUUUGAAAGUUGCAUGUAUGUGCUUUAUCAUAGCAAACCCAGCCCUGUUCCUCAUGUCCUAACUCAGUGUUUCAGUCAAAACCACCUGUCACCUGCCUUUCUCCUAAAAUCUAUUUGUUUUUUAACAGACUUCCUCUUAAUUGGCCACCCUGUUUUACUGUCCAUUACAUGAUUUUUGCUAUUGUACCUGAAUGUGGUCUUAAAGUAAAUGAUGUGGCGUUGGGCUGUUUUUGAGUGUAACAUAAGGUCAGCAUUACACCGACUUUCAUGCUUGAUCCCAUCUGAGUCUCAGUGGACAUUCCAGUUGAGAUGUGCCCAUCAUCUCCUGUUAUUUGUAAAAAAAAAAAAAAAUUCUUUUUUGUAAAAACACCACCAUUGUGAGCUCUCCCUCCCAUGUGGACCAACGUCUAUAAGAGAGGUACUUUAGCUUAUACUUUGAGGUAAUUGUUGGCUGCCUGGAAACCACUGGGAUGACUUCAGAUGACUGUAAAACAUAUAACUGCUUCUUUAGACUUCAACACUAAAAUGUUUCCUCACUAACUGAGUUAUUGCUAACUAAAUGUGCAUUGAUUACCACAAAGGCAAUGUCCUUUUUACUACAGUGUGAAUGCAUUUAGACUGUACACCGAGGCUGCUGGACUCCAACACCUCGGGAUUGUUUUGCCUUGUGCUUUAGUCAUCAAAGUGUAUUCACAACUUGUCAUCGUAUGGUACCUAGAAAUAUAUUAAAACAGUGCUGUGUACACUAAACAUUGAAAAUGAUGUUGGUUGGAAUAGGAUCAUUUGUAAGUUGUCUUGUGAAUUUUUGUUUUCUGAGAAAAGAAAAAAAACUUGUAUUCUGUGCCAUAAAAAUCUAUUUCUGAUCUGAUACUAAUACGAGAUGGAUUUGUAUCUGCUACCCCAGCAAUGGCACUUUAAGGGAUAUUUUGGCAUUGGUAAUUUCCAGACUGUGAGAUAUGUACAGAAUUAAAAAAACAGAAAAAAAAAUUGAAAUAUUUUGUCAUCUUUUAAGUUGAAAUUGAAUUUAUUUUGUUUUUCUGCUCAUACAGAAUCUUUCAAAUGUCAAGACCUAAUACCUCUUGUUUACAGUCUGAUUAAAUAAAAGGUAAUCCAACCAGA